AUGGUAGCACUUCUGUAUGCCGCACUUCUUGGGAGUGCAUCGUUGAUUGCAGGUCUCCCCGUUGCCGAGAAGCGCGCUGUCACAGUCCUAGACCAGGCGGCCUUCGAGGAAGCUCAGCAACGAGAUGACACCGCGACGAGGGCAUUCUCGUCCGUUCCAAUCAAGACUUCCGCAGGACAAUGUCUCUUCGUGGAUGAACUGUCAGGGGAUUUCCGUGCCAAUUUGACUCCGAUCCAGGUUGGAAAGUGUGAUGGUAGCGAGGGCCAGCUUUGGGAUGUGAUCACGGCAGGGAAGCAUGAUGACCAACCUGGAACGAUGCUGAUCGUAAGCACCUUGACUCAAGCUUGCUUCAAUUUCGAUCCACGGCGUGCAGCCGGUAACCAGGUGAUUCUGUUCUCUUGUGGCGGCCGUGCCGAUGGUGGUGGUAGCGUCACAGACUCUCAACUCUUCCCUUUCGCCGGAAGUGCAGGUCCGCAGUCAUUCUCUCCCGUGAAUGCGCCUGGUACCUGUUUGACUGUCAGCGGAGCAGUUCUUGACCAGACUGCCUGUGACGCCUCAGACGCAAACCAAUCCUUCACAUUCGGCGAUACCGUCAGUGCCUCAACAGCGGUCGCCUCUGCGUCGACCACAUCUGCGACUACUACCGUCGAGGUGGCUAGCCCUACCACAACCUCAGGCUCGGAGAUAGCGACGAUUACAUUGGCACCUACCUCUUCGCCAACCGCUGUCGCACCAGCCACCUCCGCCUCCGUCAUUUCGGUCUCCCGUGCCGGUAUUGUCCUUGACCCUUCUGCAGCCGCCGAAGCAAAUCCUCGUGACGAUACCGCCACCCGAGCUUUUUCGUCUGUCGCAAUCAAGUCCUCUGAUGGCCGAUGUCUGUUCGUCGACCCGACAGCCGGCGAUUUUCGUGAAAACCUCAUUCCGAUUGUUCUUCAGCCAUGCGACGAAAGCGCCAACCAGCAGUGGGAUGUCAUAACCGCGGGAAAGCACAACGAACAGCCAAAUUCGGCUCUGAUAGUCAGUUCUCUCACCCAAGGUUGCCUGAACUUUGAUCCUAGACGAGCCGCGGAGGAUACUGUCAUUUUGUUCAGUUGUGGAGGGAGAGCCGACGGUGAAGGUUCAGUCACCAACAGCCAGCUGUUCACAUUCACCUCUGGACAGGCCAGCUUGGCUCUGCAGCCAGAGAACGGAUCAGGAGAUGUCUGUCUAGUCCCUAACGCGUCGGGCAGACUAGACCAGGCUGCAUGCAGCGGUUCGGCGGACCAGCUGUUUACUAUUGGGUGA